AUGACCGAAGUGAAGAAAGACGAUGUCGUGAAGAUUCUUCACACUUAUCCUCUCUGUCGAAAAUGCGAUAUGACGGACGAAAUGAAGCAAGAGGCGAUGGAGCUGUGUGUUACGGCAGCCGAAAAAUACGCUGACAAUUAUGAGAGUGUGUCGAAAAUGAUAAAGGAGACAAUGGACAAAAAAUUCGGCGCAUCGUGGCACACCGUAGUCGGUGAGGGUUACGGUUUUGAAAUCACUUAUCAACUCAAACAUCUCUUGUACAUGUAUUGCGCCGGCAAUUUAGCUAUUUGUAUAUGGAAAUCGGUGUAG